AAGUGGCUCACAGAAAUCAUCAGGUCCUGGAUGCAUGAUGCCACUUGGUUGCCUUGUCUGGACCAUGACUGUUCUACCCGGUGCUCAAUUGUGACCUCAAUGGUCAGGUUGGGCUGUCAGAUAGCAGGCACAGAGAGCAAAGCCCAGACUCAAUCCCUCUGAACUGAAUCAGCACAGUAUCACUUGAAGGCUUUCCAUUGGCUUGAGUAAAGACCAGUGCUGAUGACAGGAUGGAAAGAUGGAAGAGCAGUACUUCUGCUCCUGGUCAACCUGCUGCUUCCCCGGGCACACAGCUCCCCAGCAUGGACAUGUGGCCAAAGAACAAGUACCAAACCUGAGAAGUCAGAAAUUUUGGAAAUCACAGGUGGGGUAUCUGCAGACAUAAUAGAUUUUCCAUGGCAGGUGAGGAUUCUUUACCAAGGGAGACAUCUUUGUGGAGGAUCAAUCCUCAACGAGUGGUGGAUUUUAACCGCAGCCCAUUGCUUCAUAAACAGAAAUAAUUUUGAGAUAAAAUCUGGUUUGGAGAUUAUACAUGGUGAAAGAAACAUUGAUACCAAGAACUUGACAAAGAUGAAAGUGGACAAGUCAAUUAUUCACCCUUAUUUUGACAGCUGGUUCUUGGAUAAUGACAUUGCUUUGCUCUUACUCAAAUCUCCAUUUAAAUUGGGUGUCAAGGAAGUACCCAUCUGCCUGUCAGAGGUUAAUGACAUACAGAAAUGGAGAAACUGCUGGGUGACUGGAUGGGGCAUUACCAUUCCUAUGCAAGAUAUGACUUCACGGCUGCAAAAAGUCAACAUCAAGCUGGUCAAAUGGGAAACAUGCUCCCAUAAGGUGCCUAUACUCACCAGGAACAUGCUGUGUGCUGGGAGCCCUCAAGGUGGGAAGGACGCCUGCCAGGGUGACAGUGGGAGUCCUCUGGUUUGCCAGAAAAACAACCACCAAAGCAUAUGAUACCAACUAGGCAUUGUCAGCUGGGGAGUGGGCUGUGGCCGGAAGAAACUCCCUGGAGUGUACACGAAGGUGUCUAAUUAUCUGUCAUGGAUUGACACAGAGACCGCGAUGUCAGGAAAGCCCUAUGUGCAUGAGCCAGACUCCGGGUACAGUUCGCUUCUCUCACCUUGGGCCAUCUUGUUACUGUAUUUUGUGAUACUUCUAUUACCCUGUGAUUAAACACUGUAUUGCCUCAAAACCAAGUGUCCUCAGGGCACUUGGGUGGCUCAGUUUCUUAAA